ACCAAUACCUCUCAGUUCUCACCACAACCAUCAUCACUUGAACAGCACGAAGAAGACACCAACUAGCUAGUUCAGGCGAGAGAGAUGACGAGGGGUGCAGCAAUGGUUGCCGCCGUCGUCGCCUUGCUCGCCCUCCUCUUCCCUGCCUCCUCCGCGUUUCCCCCGGCUGGCCAGCAGCAGCAGCCGCUGGACCCCCACUUCUACGACCAUUCGUGCCCUCAGGCGCAGCAGAUCGUGGCGUCCAUCGUCGGCAAGGCGCAUUCCCAGGACCCCCGCAUGGCGGCCUCCCUCCUCCGCCUCCAUUUCCACGACUGCUUCGUCAAGGGAUGCGACGCGUCGAUCCUGCUGGACAGCAGCGCGUCGGUGGUGAGCGAGAAGCGGUCCACCCCGAACAAGGACUCGGCGAGAGGGUUCGAGGUGGUGGACGAGAUCAAGGCCGCGCUGGAGGCCGCCUGCCCUCGCACCGUCUCCUGCGCCGACGUCCUCGCCCUCGCCGCACGCGACUCCACCGUCAUGACUGGCGGCCCAGGCUGGAUCGUGCCCCUUGGUAGGAGAGACUCUUUGGGCGCCAGCAUCCAGGGCUCCAACAAUGACAUCCCUGCUCCCAACAAUACCCUCCCCACCAUCAUCACCAAGUUCAAGCUCCAGGGCCUUGACAUCGUCGACCUCGUCGCCCUCCUCGGUAGCCACACCAUUGGUAACUCGCGGUGCACGAGCUUCCGCCAGCGGCUGUACAACCAAACGGGCAAGGGCCUCCCAGACUCCACGCUGGACCCGGCGGCGGCGGCGGUGCUGCGCCCACGGUGCCCGCGCUCCGGCGGCGACCAGAACCUCUUCUUUCUGGACCACGUGACGCCAUUCAAGUUCGACAACCAGUACUAUAAGAACCUGCUGGUGUACCAAGGCCUGCUCAGCUCUGACGAGGUGCUCUUCACCGGCAGCCCAGCCACCGCGGAACUCGUCAAGCUCUACGCCGCCAACCAGGACAUAUUCUUCCAGCACUUCGCGAGGUCCAUGGUGAAGAUGGGCAACAUCUCGCCAAUCACUGGCCGCAACGGCGAGAUCAGGAGCAACUGCAGGAGGGUUAACCACAACUGAUCAACCAGUUGGAUGAUCCAUGUUGAGCUAGUGGAGUGGUCUGAUUGUUUCUGCAGGUUAUUUAUUUGCCGCUUUCAGGUCGUGCGUGUGCGUUUUGCUGCGGUUUCUUGUUUCCGUUUAAUUUGUAUGCAAUCCGUCCUUGUGUACUGUUGUAAUGGAAUUAAUUGCUUGCGCUUAUUUAGAGGAAUCUGUCAAUUUGGUGCCAA